AUGGACGAGCUCGCCGGAGGCGGUGGUGGAGGCCCGGGGAUGGCGGCCCCUCCAAGGCAGCAGCAGGGACCUGGGGGGAACAUGAGCCUUUCGCCAGGGGGGAAUGGAGCGGCGGGCGGCGGGGGUCCUCCAGCCGCCGAGGGAGCGGGUCCCGCAGCAGGCCCGGAGCUGUCCCGGCCGCAGCAGUACACUAUCCCGGGGAUCCUGCACUACAUCCAGCAUGAGUGGGCUCGGUUCGAGAUGGAGCGGGCGCACUGGGAGGUGGAGCGGGCCGAACUGCAGGCCCGGAUAGCAUUUUUGCAAGGAGAAAGAAAAGGUCAAGAAAACUUGAAGAAGGAUUUAGUAAGAAGAAUAAAGAUGUUAGAGUAUGCAUUGAAACAAGAAAGGGCAAAAUAUCACAAAUUAAAAUAUGGCACAGAACUGAACCAAGGUGAUUUGAAAAUGCCAACCUUUGAAUCAGAAGAAACCAAAGACACAGAAGCUCCCACAGCACCUCAGAAUAGCCAGUUAACCUGGAAGCAAGGCAGACAGCUGUUAAGACAAUAUCUUCAGGAAGUAGGUUACACAGAUACAAUAUUAGAUGUACGGUCUCAGCGGGUAAGGUCAUUACUUGGACUAUCCAAUUCAGAACCAAAUGGAUCAGUAGAAACAAAGAACUUGGAACAGAUCCUGAAUGGAGGUGAAUCUCCUAAGCAAAAAGGACAAGAAAUCAAGAGGCCCUCUGGUGAUGUUCUUGAGACAUUCAAUUUUUUAGAAAAUGCUGAUGACAGUGAUGAAGAAGAGGAAAAUGACAUGAUUGAAGGCAUCCCAGAAGGAAAAGAUAAACAUCGGAUAAAUAAACACAAAAUAGGUAAUGAAGGUUUAGCUGCUGACCUAACUGAUGAUCCUGAUACUGAGGAAGCACUGAAAGAAUUUGAUUUUUUAGUGACUGCUGAAGAUGGUGAAGGAGCUGGAGAAGCACGGAGUUCAGGGGAUGGCACAGAAUGGGCUGAACCAAUAACGUUUCCAUCUGGAGGAGGCAAGUCAUUUAUUAUGGGUUCUGAUGAUGUUUUGUUAAGUGUACUGGGCCUUGGAGACCUUGCAGACUUGACGGUAACAAAUGAUGCAGACUAUAGUUAUGAUUUGCCUGCCAAUAAAGAUGCCUUUCGAAAGACAUGGAACCCCAAGUAUACACUACGUAGCCAUUUCGAUGGAGUACGGGCAUUAGCUUUUCAUCCUGUAGAACCUGUGCUGGUUACUGCCUCUGAGGACCAUACUCUGAAACUUUGGAACUUGCAAAAAACAGUUCCUGCCAAAAAGAGUGCCUCUUUAGAUGUAGAGCCUAUCUACACAUUUAGGGCCCACAUUGGUCCUGUUCUAUCAUUAGCUAUUAGUUCUAAUGGAGAACAGUGUUUUAGUGGUGGUAUUGAUGCAACCAUCCAGUGGUGGAAUAUGCCUAGCCCUAAUGUGGAUCCCUAUGAUACAUAUGAGCCAAAUGUUCUAGCUGGCACUUUAGUUGCACAUACAGAUGCUGUCUGGGGUCUUGCUUAUAGUGGCAUAAAGAAUCAGUUACUGUCUUGUUCAGCAGAUGGCACUGUUAGGUUAUGGAAUCCACCAGAAAAACUGCCAUGUAUUUGCACUUACAAUGCAGACAAGGAGCAUGGAAUACCUACAUCUGUUGACUUUAUAGGCUGUGAUCCAGCUCAUAUGGUGACCUCUUUCAACACUGGUAGUACAGUAAUUUAUGAUUUAGAAACAUCACAAUCAUUGGUAAUGCUUUCAUCACAAAUAGAUUCUGGUUUACAAUCCAGUAAUCACAUUAACAGAGUAGUAAGUCAUCCCACACUUCCUGUUACAAUAACUGCUCAUGAAGAUAGACACAUCAAAUUUUUUGACAAUAAAACGGGUAAAAUGAUCCAUUCUAUGGUAGCUCAUUUGGAUGCUGUUACAAGUCUAGCAGUAGAUCCUAAUGGAAUCUAUCUGAUGUCUGGAAGCCAUGACUGUUCUAUUAGAUUGUGGAAUUUGGACAGCAAGACAUGUGUGCAAGAAAUAACAGCACAUAGGAAGAAAUUAGAUGAAUCGAUUUAUGAUGUUGCUUUCCAUCCCUCAAAAGCAUAUAUUGCCAGUGCAGGGGCUGAUGCCCUUGCCAAAGUAUUUGUGUGAAUCAACAAAAACUCACAUCUUAACAACAGAUUUGCUUGGACAGAAAGAGGGUCUGCAUCACUGCCAUCAGAAAGGUUACUGAUAUGACACUACAUGUGAUCUGCCUGGUGAAGGCUAUUCGAGGCAGGCAUAAAUUGAUGGAAAUCACAUCUUAAUGUCAGGCUCAUUAAUUUAAUUGUAAUUACUGUAUCUCGUGGGACAAAUAAAAAGGACUCCAUUAUUUGUGGCCUGUACUGGAUAUGAACUGAGCGUAUGUCUGUUUUUUAGGUAUCUUUAAGCCAAUGUGGAGUCUGAUCUUACAAAAGACUUUUAUUUUGGACUCUGUGUGCUGCCUUAGGGUUAGGAAUGUGGUGCUCUUGUUGGGGGGGAAGUGAGCUCCAAGAGUAGCUUUUUUUCAUCUCUUAGUGAUUUUCUGUUUAUCAGUUGAAUGCCACAGAUUCCCUUUUAAACUUAUUUUGCUUUAAAAAAAAAAAAGAAAAUUUAACUUAAAAUAUUUUAGCAUUAGUUGCACAAAAUGUUUGGAUAAAAUUCUAGUUUUUAUAAGUCUUUUUAUAUAUUUAGCCUGUCACAACAGUGCUCAAGAUUGUAUUGAAGUUUUUCUGCAUUAUACAACCCUGAAACACAGAGAUCUCACUGACCCGCUGCCGUGUAACCACACUUUUUCCUUCUUUUGCCUAAUACAGCUCAGCUAAGUCCUUCCAUAAAGAUGCUAAAUCACCUUCAUCAUCACAUUAUUGUCUUCAUAUAAACCAAGGACUAUUAAGUGUAUUAAAAUGAAACAUGGGGUUUAAUACUCCAAAUGAACUCUUUAAAAAGAAAAAAAACGAACUAAUCUUGGCAUCCUAUCACUAUGUGAUAUUUUGUACAUCUUACUGUAUUUACAAGUUUAUUUAUCAAGGAUUAUCCAUCUUGCUAAUAGCCUAUUAUUUAUUUCACUUUUUGUUGGUCUUUAUAUCCUUUUAUUAAUGUGCUAAAGGAACCUGUAUAUCUAUUUUGGAACUCUUUGAAUGGUCUAAAAUAGACUAAAAAUGGAAUAUUUUAUAGUUUAAGUUACAAACCAAGGUGAUUUCCCCCAGAUGCAUAUCUUGGUUUACCAUGAUUCCAAACAAAAACUAUGUUGUUUAAAAAUAUUUGGAGUAAAAUUUUAUUUGCAUUACAAAUAGGACACAAAAAUAGUUGAAUCAGGAUACAGAAAUCUGCUGUGUUUGGACUAGUUAUCCCUGUUUUAUUUUUUCAGAUGUGCUUAAUUUUAUGGUGUAACUAAAGAUUUUGUUUGUGUAAUGCAUGAUUAAGACAAUAAAGUAUUUUUUCUAGUCUUCCAAAAACUUUUCUGAUCAGUUUGCGAGUUUUGAUGAGUUUUGUAAGGUUUUUGUUUUACAAACUAUGAAUCAGCAAAUUUUUAAGAUUGUACCACAUAGCAAACGUACAGCUAUUGAAAAAUAAUGUAUAUAAAAUGCAUAUAAUAAAUAUUAAAUUGUGUACCUGUAUGUUACUGUUGACUACAUUAUUUUGUGUUGAUUAUUUAAUAAAGUGCAAUACUUUACUCUCCAUCAUUAAACCAGGAAAUGGAGAU